AUGAAUUCGUACUUCGUGAACCCGCUGUACUCCAAGUACAAGGCGGCGGCGGCGGCUGCGGCGGCCGCGGCGGCGGGCGAGGCCAUCAAUCCCACUUACUACGACUGUCACUUCGCGCCCGAGGUCGGCGGCCGCCACGCCGCCGCCGCCCUGCAGCUCUAUGGCAACAGCGCCGUGGGCUUCCCGCACGCGCCCCCGCAGGCGCACCCGCACCCGUCCCCGCCGCGCGCCGGGCCUGCGGGCUGCGGCCCCGGCCACGGCCAGGACUUCUUCCAGCCCGGCGGGGGCAGCCCGGCCGCUGCCUACCAGGCCGCCCCCCCGCAGCCUCCGCCUCCGCCGCCUCCCCCCUGCGGCGGGAUUGCCUGUCACGGGGAGCCCGCGAAGUUUUACGGAUACGAUAACUUACAGAGACAGCCGAUUUUUACGACCCAGCAAGAGGCCGAGCUGGUACAAUAUCCUGACUGUAAAUCGUCCAGUGGUAAUAUUGGCGAGGACCCAGACCACUUAAAUCAGAGCUCGUCUCCUUCUCAAAUGUUUCCCUGGAUGAGACCACAAGCAGCUCCUGGUAGAAGAAGAGGAAGACAAACCUACAGCCGGUUCCAAACCUUGGAGCUGGAGAAGGAAUUCCUUUUUAACCCUUAUCUGACCAGGAAAAGAAGAAUUGAGGUUUCCCACGCCCUGGCCCUCACCGAGAGGCAGGUGAAAAUCUGGUUCCAGAAUCGGAGGAUGAAAUGGAAAAAGGAGAACAACAAGGACAAAUUUCCCAUUUCCCGACAGGAGGCGAAGGAUGGGGAACCUAAAAAGGAAGCUCGGGAGCUGGAGGAAGACAGAGCUGAAGGCCCAACAAAUUAA